AUGAAAAGUCUAUUAUCGAAACUCUAAACAUUACUUUUUUAACGAACUCCAUCUCGAUUACUUAGUUAUAAUGUUUUUAUCAUUAGAGUGCUUUUAGAAAUCCCUCAUACUUUGUAUAAUCUUAUAGUAGAAUACAUAAUAACUUCAAUAAUCAAUUAUUAAAAUAAAAUUGUUAUGGAUGAUCUUUAUUAAGCAGAAAUCAGAACGAGAUAUCACUCUUCAAUGACUUAUUAAGAAUAUUUGGAUACCCACGAUUAGCCACCUCCUAAACCUACGUUAAAGGCUAAAUAAUCUCCACAAAUAGUUGAACCUUUAACCCUUGAACCCCCCAAAGGACCUAAAAUUCAACAACAAAAAUUGGCUAUCUACACGCCCGAUGAAGUCAUAUUAGAGGAAUCUGAAACUGAUGAAAAGCAACGAUCAAAUUAAAAUCCCAGAGUACCAUGUUAAAAGGCCUUAAUUGAACAUGAUGUGAGAAUACGUAGUCAAAGUGAAAAUCUAGGUUUUUCUGUAUUUAGAUUCCUGUAAUAAAAGAAAAAAGUAUGA